AUGAAUCUCGAAGCUCCAAUUUUGUCGAACGUUCAAAUCAACGAUAAAGCCAACGACGACUUUAUUCCUGGUACAAAGAAUAUUUAUACGGAUGCCAUAGGUCCGGAAGAUGAGGUUACCAAGAAGAAAGUGAAAACUCAGGGUAACAUCAUUUUGAUUCCACAACCUUGUAACUCUCCCAAUGAUCCACUUAAUUGGUCCAAGUAUAGAAAGUUUGUGAACUUUGCUAUUCUUGCCGUUAUCACUGGUUUUACCGCCGCUACUUCUAACGAUGCUGGUGCUAUUCAAGAUUCCCUUAACGAGUUGUACGAUAUAUCGUAUGACAAAAUGAACAUCGGUGCGGGGGUGCUUUUCUUGGGAAUUGGUUGGGGUACUUUUUUCAUAACCCCACUUGCAUCUUUGUAUGGUCGUAAAUUGUCCUACUUCAUCUGUAUUUUCUUGGGUUUACUUGGUGCCGUUUGGUUUGCUCUUUCCAGGCGUACUGCCGAUGCCAUCUGGUCCCAAUUAUUUGUAGGUAUUUCCGAAAGUUGUGCUGAGGCGCUGGUUCAGUUGAGUUUGAGUGAGUUAUAUUUCCAACAUCAAUUAGGUUCCGUCUUAACUGUAUAUAUUUUGGCUACUUCCGUUGGUACUUUCUUGGGUCCUUUAAUUGCUGGUUUUAUUGUUCAAUAUGUAGGUUUCAGAUGGGUGGGUUGGAUUGCAGUCUUCAUUUCCAUUGGUUUGCUCUUUAUCAUUUUCUUCGUUCUCGAAGAAACCAUGUUCGACAGAAAGAUAUUCUCCAGAGGCGUUAUAAAUGGAGUUUCUCCAUCUUCGGACAAGCAAGUGCCUGAAUUCGACGAUAUCAAGAAGGAACACUCUAAGGAAUUUACUACCGUGGAUGAAUCCAACUCCUCUGAGGAUGAAGACACUGAUUUGAUCAAUAUGGGCGAAAAUGACCCACCAAAGUCCUACUGGAAAAACGUUCAGUUGAUUACCUUAGCUCCAAACUUGCAAGGUACUGGUUUCUUACAAUAUUUAACCCAAUUGAGAAUGUUGUUGAAGGUUUUCUUGUAUCCUCCAGUUAUCUUCUCUGGAUUAGUGUGGGGUAUGCAAGAUGCCCUUUUAACAUUCUACUUGACAGUUGAAGACGACGAAUACUAUGACCCUCCUUACAGCUACGGUAACACAGGUGUUGCCUUGAUGAAUGUUCCAACCUUAAUUGGAGCCAUUAUUGGGUGUUUCUUUGCUGGUCCUCUAAGCGAUAAGUUCUCCAUCUGGAUGGCAAAGAGAAAUAACGGUAUUCAAGAAGCUGAAUACCGUCUUUGGUUCCUUUUUGCCCCUGCAGUAAUUGCUCCAGUCGGUUUGAUAUUGUUUGCAGUGGGUACUGAUCAAGUUUGGGACUGGCCACCUACUUACGUAGGCUUAGGAUUUAUUGGGUUCGGUUUCGGUUGUUCUGGAGAUGUUUCCAUGUCUUAUCUUAUGGAUGCUUACCCAGAUAUGGUUAUUGAAAUGAUGUGUGGUGUUUCUGUUAUCAACAACAUGAUUGGUUGCAUUUUUACUUUCGCUUGUUCACCUUGGUUGGAUGCCAUGGGAAACACACACACCUUCAUUAUUUUGGCAGUCAUUGAAGCCGUUAUUAUGUUCAGUGCUGCGCCAAUGAUCUGGUAUGGCAAGAGAAUCAGAAACUGGACUAAGGAUUGGUAUAUUGAAUUCUGUCAAUUGCGUGACGGUAUGUAA